ACGGAGGUUGUUUUUAGUAGCAGCAUUGAAAGCAGGAACCGAGUCAUGUCAGUCAGCAGCAGGUUAAUGAUGAGAGCUAUCCGUGUGAGUGAGUUUGGACCUCCGUCAGUCCUCAGACCGUGUUCCGAUGUCCCGGUCCCGCAGCCUGGACCAGGACAGGUGUUGAUCCGCGUCCACGCCUGCGGUGUGAACCCUGUGGAAACUUACAUCCGCGCUGGGACUUACGGUCGCACUCCUGCGCUGCCGUACACACCGGGCACAGAUGUAGCCGGAGUGGUGGAGACUGUUGGACAAGGAGUGGCUGCACUCAAGACAGGAGAUCGUGUCUUCACCACAGCCACAGAGUCUGGUGGUUAUGCAGAGUUCACCGUAGCAGCGGACAACUGUGUUCAUAAACUGCCUGAUGCUUUAGAUUAUGCACAAGGAGCAGCCAUCGGGAUCCCGUACUUUACUGCCUACAGAGCUCUGAUUCACAAAGCCCAUUCCAAGGCUGGAGAAACUGUCCUCAUACAUGGCGCCAGUGGAGGGGUGGGCGUGGCAGCGUGCCAGUUGUCCCGGGCUCUUGGUCUGCGGGUGUUGGGGACAGCGGGGACACCUGAGGGAAUGAAGCUGGUCCUGGACAACGGCGCUCACAUGGCCUUUAAUCACAGAGAAGAGGGAUACAUGGAUAAAAUCAUGGAGGCCACAGAGGGCAAAGGUGUAGACGUGAUCGUUGAGAUGCUGUCAAACGUCAAUCUGAGCAAAGAUCUCCAGAUGCUGGCCUUUGGUGGACGUGUCAUGGUCGUUGGCUGCAGAGGCUCCAUUGAGAUCGACCCCAGAGACACCAUGUCUAAAGAGAGCAGCAUCGUGGGAGUGGUGCUUUUCUUUGCUACACCGGAGGAGAAGAAGGAGUGUGCAGCGUUUCUUUACGCAGGGAUGGAGGCCGGGUGGCUGCGUCCAGUCGUCGGUCCCCGGUACCCGCUCGACGAGGCCGCCCAGGCUCACCAUGACAUCAUCGAGUCACGCGGAGCUGCUGGGAAGAUCGUCCUGAGCAUGUGAAUGUGAUUUUAGAGAUUUUAUCUGUAUUUCUGAAACGAUCACUCUAACUAUAAUUGAGGUGUCGGUCAGUGUUGCGUUCUCCUUUCACUGGGUUGGAUCUGAUCUGUUUUGCUUUUCACACUUUUCAUGUGUUCAACAGCCAAAAUAAAUAAAUAUGUUUACUGAAUAAAGCAAAUGACUACAGUGCUACAGUCCUUUGCUGUAUAUCUUCACUUCUCUCUCACGUCUGUCUUCAGCUAUAAUCCGUCCUCUCAAUAAAGACUUGUAUACAAUCUAUAUUUUUAAAAAGAGAUAUAUGGUCACGAAACUUGUUGGUUUAUCAAACAGAGGAACUGGCUGUAAAAUCAGCUGCAAAAUAAUCUGGUUUAUUAUUUGCUGUUUUUGAUUGCGAGAAUAGUUGAAUCAUCGCAGGCCUAUUUGUUGUUGUUGUUUUCUCGUCACCACGCGUGUGAUUUGAUAUUCAGUCCAUUGCUAAGAUGCAGGUUUUGUUUCUGCAGUGUUCACUGAGUCACUGUAAUUAUUAAAUAAUAAAGGCUCCAUCCUCA